AUGGGUUUCUUUUCAUUCAUUGGUAACAUUCUCUAUUAUUUGAUCAAGACACCAAUUUGUUUGGUAUGGUGGGUGAUUACUCUUUUGUUCCACCCAAUCACCAUCUUGGUUGCAUUGAUUGCUUUGUACUUGGCAUACAACAACUCUCCACAAAAGCUUGAUAUCCCAUUCGUCACCAAGUUGGCACCAACUGCCCAACCACACAGAUCAUCAGCUGCCUCUAACCGUUCAGGCAACGUACCAACACCAAUCACCACCACCAAGGGAGGAAAGGGCAAGAAGAACUAA